GCAUGUCUAAAAAGGGCGGAGCUGCGCUUCAGAAGGAUGCUCCAUGGAGGGCCUCAUCUUCCAAACCCAUUCCCAAAAUUCAUCACUCUCCUGUUCUCCGCGUCUCUCAAACCCCUUAUUCUAUUUACGCUCUCUCCGUCAUGAAGCAUCCCAAUCCGAUUGGAAGUGGUUUGGCAACGGAAGCCAUGGUGGAAUCCGCCGGUCCUGAUUGCGUUGUCCCUGGCCAGAUUACUCCCGCUCGAUUACUUGGUCUUAAGGUGUGGCCUAUAGAUAUUAAUCUAAAAUUUAUGGAACCAGUUGGACGAGAACUUAAGUUGCUCGGAAAGUUCAUGGAUAAUGCAGUCAACCUCAUGAACAAAUCAUUUAUAGAUCGCUAGGAGCUUGGGAUUUUUGGUUACUGCUGGCAGAUGCAAUUUUGGGACUGUCAAGAGCAUAAUAUUGUAAAUAAGAUCUCCCGUUAUGAUGUCUUCUAAUGACCAUGUAAGUUGUAAUAAAUUUCAGAGUUAACGAGUGGAAGAGUCUCGACAGGGAUGGAAUGUUGUGCCCUGAAUUUUUUUUUUUAUUUUUUAUUUUUAUUUUUGGAUAGAGGAUUAUGGGAGUGGAAACUCAAACCUGACAGUGCCGGUAAAUAAUAUGUCUUGAGGCAUUGGACCAAGUCAGGCCAGGUGCCCUAAAUGUUGUCUUAAUUCUAUGGGUUUCUUACUGUUUUCUUCCUUACUAAA